UGGCAAAGGUAGACAAAAUUGUCCAGAUGGCACAGAGGUGCACGAAGAUCGAAGUCUUCAGUCCAGAGAAAAACGAGGGUCCAUCCAAAGUAUGCGGGUUCAGCCCCAGCCUGCAAGUCUGUCUGGCUGGAGGAUUUUUCGAAGGACUGCCGUUCGACGCUCUUUUUUCUUUCUUGUAUUUGAAUGGAGCUGAUGUCUCCCCUGGCGAAGACCUGACCAGUUUGCUUCUGAAGUCGCGCAAGCUGUUUAGCCAAGGGAGAACUCGGCUCCCUUGCCUUGACGAAGAUAAGAAAAGGAAAGAGUCUCUUCUGCAGUUGACUGAACAGCUGGAGAUUGCCGUGAAGAAGGUAGACCACCGAGGAGAAGUACUAGACAACUUUGACGUGAAGCGCGAGGAGAAUGAGACUUUGAUGCAAGAGUUGCGCGCCACCGACCACAACAACAGGUCUGUGGCUGGACAGAUCCGGAAGAGGAAGCGCCAUCUACAGGAGAGAGAAAAGAUCAUCCAAGUCAGGGAAGAAGAUUGUGAUCUUUGGGAAGAGUCUGUGAAAAGUUUAGAGGCACAGGCCCUUGACGAGAGCAUUUCUGCAGAGUCGACAGUGUCAGCCGCCAGCGAUAUUGAGAAGACCCAGAUAGUUGAGAGUAAGGCAAAGCGCUGGAGUGUUUGGCCUUUCUGA